AUCAUUUAAUGUCUGACAGUUAAAGAGCAGAAAUGGCUGAUGGUAUUUAUGAAGAUGUGAUCAGGACUGAGUCUGAGGGAAUGAACACAGACAGAAUGGAGAUGACAGUGGAAAUCUAUGAGAGUGCAGAAUGUGUGAGAGAUCAUGACUUCAGGACAGAGACAAACACACACCAACCACUUCAGCGUACAGGAAGUGUUUGUGUGAAGAUCAGAAGCUCCAGAGCAGCUGCAGUGUGUUUGGUGCUGCUGUGUGUUCUUCUGCUGACUGCAGUCAUAGUGCUGUGUGUCACGUUCACUCUAGAGAGACGACAGUUAAUAUCCAAGAAUGAAAACCUGACCAAUGAGAGAGAUCAGCUACUAAACAAGAACAUGGCCUUGAUGAAUGAAAGGGAUGAAUUAACUAAAGAAAGAGACCAGUUCGAUCAGGAGAGAAAUGAACUGUGGAAGAUGCUCAAUGAAACGGAUGGAUAUAUUUAUCAAUCCAGUCUUUACUUCAUUUCCUCUGAGAAGAGGAACUGGAAUGAGAGCAGAAGAUACUGUACAGAGAGAGGAGCAGAUCUGAUCAUCAUAAACAACAGAGAAGAACAAGAGUUUGUUAAAAAGAUAUCUGGUGGUACUAGAGUCUGGAUUGGUCUGACUGACAGUGAUGUGGAGGACAGGUGGAAAUGGGUUAAUGGCAGCGCACUGACCUCUGGGUUCUGGGCGACUGGACAGCCAAAUGGAUCUAAAAAAGAGAAUUGUGCUUUGUUUUAUUCAUCAGGGUGCCAUGAUUAUCCCUGUAAUGAUGCUUUUAAAUGGAUCUGUGAGAAAAAUAUUUUAAAAAUGAGCAAUUCAAUUAAAUAUAUUUAAAUUACACUCAUAACUACUACAAUAAGUGAAAUAUGUUGUAACUGAGUCAAGUUUCUUAAUAUUCUCAUCAUCAUUGCUGUAAAUAAUGGCAGUAACUACUGGAAUGAAGGGCCAAACCUGCAAAAACAAUAAAUAAAUACAUACAUAAAUAUAUGAAGAAAUGUAAAAUAAAUAAAUAUAUAAAUAAAUAUACAAGGAAAUGUGAAAAAAAUAAAAUAAAUUAGUAUUUUUAUUUCCUCAUUUA